AUGACAGAACACCAGGAGAGUUUUGUUUUUGAAACAUCCCCUUGUACACCCGAGCAGCACCCAGCAACCAGCUCCCAGCUCCCAGCACCCAGCACCCAGCUCCCAGCUCCCAGCUCCCAGCACCCAGCUCCCAGCUCCCCGCAACCAGCACCCAGCUCCCAGCUCCCAGCUCCCAGCACCCAGAACCCAGCGCCCAACAACCAGUUCCCAGCACCCAGCACCCAGCUCCCAGCACCCAGAACCCAGCACCCAGAACCCAGCGCCCAACAACUAGCUCCCAGCUCCCAGCUCCCAGCACCCAGCUCCCAGCACCCAGCACCCAGCUCCCAGCACCCAGCUCCCAGCACCCAGCUCCCAGCACCCAGCACCCAGCUCCCAGCACUCAGCUCCCAGCACCCAGCUCCCAGCUCCCAGCACCCAGCUCCCAGCACCCAGAACCCAGCGCCCAACAACCAGCUCCAAGCACCCAGCACCCAGCACCCAGCACCCAGCACCCAGCUCCCAGCACCCAGCUCCCAGCUCCCAGCUCCCAGCAGCCAGAACCCUGCGCCCAACAACCAGCUCCAAGCACCCAGCACCCAGCACCCAGCUCCCAGCACCCAGCUCCCAGCACCCAGAACCCAGCGCCCAACAACCAGCUCCAAGCACCCAGCACCCAGCACCCAGCACCCAGCACCCAGCUCCCAGCACCCAGCAUCCAGCGCCCAACAACCAGCUCCCAGCACCAGCACCCAGCACCCAGCACCCAACACCCAACACCCAGCUCCCACGGAUGAACGUAUACUAAGUCCGAGGCCAAAUGCUAGAAAAGUGCAGGAGCAAUGUCUGGGAAUGGAAGCAUGGGACGAGUCCACUGCUGCAGAGGGGGUGUUCGCACUGUUCCAGAUGGGAGCUGGGAGCUGGGAGGACGGUGCCGCAUCAACACGUGGCCGAUGGGUGCAGGGAGAGGCAGGGACACACACACUGCCGGAGCGUCUGGGAGUCGGGUCUGCGGAACACAGCACGCAUACCACAGAACACAUACCGUACAGAUACUAUAGACGUCUGUGCACUACCGACUGA